CGGCUCCUUUAAGGGUGGACCCGGACCUCCCGUCAGGUGACCCGGCCGUCGCCCAGCAACAGGACGCCACGCCGCCGAGGCCCCUCCUCUGGCUUGCAGCAGAGUUGGCCUGGAGACAUGUCGGUGCAGAGGCCCCCAGAGUGCUCGGAGCCCACGGCCAGGGAUCCCCCGGAGAAAACCAGCGACUACUACCGCGUGGACGCGGACCUGCCCGUCCGGUUCAACAAUCCGGCGUGGUUUCGGGGCUAUCGGACCAAGGAGCCCAUCUCAGUGUACAGGACCAGUAACCAAGCUUACGGGAGCAGAGCCCCCAGUGUUCAUGAGAUGCCGAAGGUAUUCUAUCCAAAUUCAAGUAAAUUUUCCAGACAACUCGCAGCUGGAGGAAUGUUCCAGAACAAUACUUUCAACGUCCACAUGGAGAAGAGCAUGGUGACAGGUCCCGACAACUACAUCACCCGCUAUGACCGACAUGACUUCCACCCCAGUUACAAUGUCCACAAGCCGUCCAUCUGCGACUGAGGCCCUCCGGGGUCUCCUGACUCCAGCAGCCGACCCACCCAGCAGAGCGGGAGCUGUUGUCAUCCUUCGCCUUUGGUAAUGUGCCCAAUUGUAAAGGCAGAGACCUCACUGCUCUAUCUGAAAAUGUUUUCCUCUCUAGAUUAAAAAAAUAUAUAUUGAAGCAAGGUUGGCAAGGCAAUGAUGUGUACCCGGGAGUUCUCUACUUGGUGUUCACUUACAAUGUUCAAUAAAAAAGUGAAAA